AUGAAGCCGUUAAUUAAACUCAUACAAUUCUCGUAUUUAUUGCGUGUCACAUUAGCCCUACUUGUGGGUAGGGACUUCUACAAUAGAACGUUGAACUCCAGAUUGAAUCUCCAGAGCUCCGAUUCACAAAAUCUUCUACUUCCUUUCAAUGUCACAAGGAUUCCUGGUAGCUCCGGAUCUCGCGAUGUUCGAAAGUUCAUCGAAAAUCAUUUCAAGAACCUAAGGACGCACUGGUCAUACGAACCAGAUUGCUUUACCGAGAAGGGUUUUGAUUUCUGCAAUUUGGUGUUCACUUUGGGACAAAAUGCUAGCAGCUAUUUAGUUCUCGGCGCACACUACGACUCUAAAAUCACGCCGGAGGGCUUCAUUGGAGCAGUAGAUAGCGCGGCAUCCUGCUCUAUUUUGCUUUACGUCUCUGAGUUCUUGAGUACCUAUUUUGAUCCAUCUUUCGACGAGUUUUGGUCGGAGGAUUCGCAUACGCUCACUGAAGCAUUCGAUGGGGUGAAAAUAGUCUUUUUCGAUGGGGAAGAGGCGCUGGAAAACUGGACCUCAGAAGAUUCGAUAUACGGUGCUAGGCACCUUGCUGCUGAUUGGAGUUCUAGUGGACUCAUGGACGACAUUGGCCUGCUGGUCUUACUCGAUUUACUUGGAAGCGCGGAAAAUCUGGAAGUACCAAGCUUCUUUCAAGCGUCGAAUGAGGAGUACAAGGCUUUGCUAUCAAUUGAGGCUCUCAAUCAAGAUGAAUUGCCACAUAAUGAGACUCUCUUUGAUGGCAGCAACCUUGGAUAUUUGGAAAGCAAUCGUGUAGUAAUCGGUGAUGAUCACCUUCCAUUUCUGGCUCGCGGCGUUUCCGUUUUGCACCUGAUUCCCCUGCCAUUCCCUUCUUACUGGCAUACGAUCGGGGACACCUUUCAGGAAAUUGAUGACACUAAAGUUCAGAAUUGGGCAAUUUUACUAUGCGAAUAUGCAGCGUCACGGACUGUGCCAAAAAUAUGGUAA